AUGGCCACUCCGAUUGACAGCCCUCAUCGUCCCAGCCUCCAUCCGCUGUGGACUUCACAAUACAAUCUCGGCGGCUUCCCUCGCUCAUCGGGCCGCCCUGCGAACGCUUCCUACUUCAGCCAAUCUGACCGCUCUCCCAAGAGCCUGCCAACCCCGGUAUUCCCGUCAAACGAUGGAUCCAUGAGACAACACGAGCGUGCCAUGGUCGACCGUCUAGGGCAGAGACUUCGUCAACAACAACGGCCCGACCUCAGCCCGCGAAAGUCCGCCUCUCGCCCGAGCCCUCUAUCUCCCCUCGCGGAGCUUUCCAUCUCCGUUCCCGAUGGCAGACGGUACUCUGCCGCCCAGAUCAGCCCUGGCCUGCCGCCUCCCCCUGUCACACCGGUCUCACCGUCGAUGCCGAUGCCGAUGCCCAGGAGCGGCGGCAACCGCCGCCAGACCCUCGCCGCCGAAAACCGGUCAAUGCUCCUCGCCGGCCUCGGCGAAGAAGCGAAGCGCCGCCAGUCCGUCCCCAACGCCAACUUUAUCGCCAGGUCCAAGGACGCCGAGAAGCGUCACCACCAAGAGCAGCUGCGCGCCUGGGGCCACGUCUACCUCGGCGACGCAAAGACAUCGGACGUCUUCGUCCAGGCCGUUUCGCUCCGCAGGGAUUCCAACGCCAGCACCAACUCGGACAACUCGGCCGGCGACUCCUCUCCGACACGCAUGCCGACAACGCCCACGAUCCCCUCCCACCAGACCGCGAUCCGAGCCCGCGUGCGGCCCCGCGCCCUGGAACGCAAACCGUUCCUCAUCCAGCGCACAUUCGACAUCGAGCAGCUGCGUUCCACGGUCCCGGACCCGCUCCCGAGCUCGCCGGGGGCUGACCAGCGCCGCCGCCCCUCCCUCGCGGGCUCCCCGUUGCCCAAGGUCGCCUCUCCCCGGCCGAGCAUGGCGCGGAGGAGAUCCAGCAGCGCCGCGCACAGCGCACACAGCCCUCUGCCAUACAGCCGCGGCAUCAAGUCCGAGUCAUCGCGGGCCCCGUCGCGUGGCGCGUCCACCAUGCCGAUCCAUCUUCAAUAUGCCAGAUCCUCUCUGCCGGUAUUGGCCGCCCUCAUCGUCUCCGGCCACAUCACCGCGGGCGACGUUAUCGACCUGCCGCUACCCCAUCCCGAGGUCUGGCCCAGCACCGUCGCCUACGUCUACACCGGACAAGGAGACCUGACGGAUGCGGUCAGGGAAAACAUCCUCUACCUUGCCGGCAAAGUCUAA